AUGGUUGGCGCCGAUAAAGAUGAUGCAGAUGAUGCAUCCGAGAGCGAAAGGCUUUUGCUGGCUAUGAAGGACGAACCAGAGCCGACGCGCAACGAGGUGGAUCAAGAAUUCUCACCAAAGACGGCCCCAAACCUCCCGUUCAAAAAAUGGAUGGACAGUUUUCGCACGCGCAAACGGAUACCCCCAACAAAUCCGGAAAGAUUCGUGGCGGGCUGGCCAGACUCACCCCCGUCAGAUAUAUCCACACGGAACCAGUUCAACCAGCUUCCAGCUCUGUCACAAGAGCAGCAUUGGGAAAGAUCAUCGAAUCACUCCUCACACCUAGGCAUUGUCAAAACUACAACUUUGAGUAUUGCAAGUCCGAGCGUGGCAAGGUCUCGAGCCAAUACUCAGAGUACAACUAGCCAAAGUGCCACAUCGCCCGUUCGUGCUUCAGCAGACAGCUCUCGACCAACGUCAAAUACAUAUGUGGACGAAGCCGCAGAGCAACGCGCGACAAAAAGGCGCCAGCUUCUUCGAGAGGUUCUUUCAACGGAAGCUGACUAUGUUCAGGGCUUGACUGCCCUCACGGGAGUACUCCCAAUGCUCAAUAUCAGACCUCAGAUAUAUCAUAAUAUCCAGAAGAUCCGUGAGAUUCAUGAAAGUUUCUUGGCUCAACUUCAAACGAUAUCACCCAUGUCGGCUGGUCCGAUCCCAGAAGCCCUCCCAGAUUUUCUUCCUCGGGGUAGCAUUUCAAAGCGACUGAGCGUGUCUGGCCUGAAAGGUCUGCAUAAUAGAUCGCUUAGGACUCGAAGGUUCAAAGCGGCAUUUGAUCAGCAUCUGAAAGCUCUUGUUGCAGAGCCGAUGGAAUGCCUUGAAGUCGUUCGCGAGAUUGACAAACUGUCGGUGUCUUUUUCCGCAUACGAGGAAUUUUGCAGCAAUUAUGAGCUUCUCACACAGGACGUGGCUCUCUUACGCCGGUCGAUCCCCAACUGGACAGUCUUUGAACAGGGAAUUGAAGCCUUGUCAAAGUCGGUUGUCUCAACUGAGAACCGAAAGAAUGACGACAACCGCUCUAUGCUAAUGAAUGACUUGAUGAUCAAGCCGAUCCAACGUCUUUGCAAAUACCCUCUUCUCCUUCAAGAUCUCCUUCGAUGUACCCCUGUUGGUGACUGUCCAACCUCUCACGAUGAGAUUCAUCAAGUUUUGGAAAGCCUGCGUAUAAUGGUAGCACGAAUCAACUCGGCAACCGGCAACCCGAUCAACAAAGAUCGCAUUCAUAAAACUAUACUGCUGCAAGGGAAGAUUGACUUCUCCGAAACGAUCAUACUUCAAGAUGUAUAUAAAGAGCUUGGUCCAAUGACUUUAUGUGGUGUUCUGCAUGUCACCUAUCAGACGCCGGAGCAGACGAUUGGCGAUUUCAUGGUCUGCAUACUUUUCAAAUGCUACUUUAUUCUGGCCAAAGGAACCGAUGAUCCCAGGCGCUUGGAAAUAGUUGCCUGUAUCUACAUGGAUGACCUGAAAAUGGAUUACAUCCAGAACGGCCGAGGGUUAUUCUGCUACGGAUGUCCCUUCUCAUGGAAGUUGAUUUUCCAAGAGCAAGAAGAGAGCUACGAGUUUGUCCUGAGUGCGUCAUCUGCCGCGGAGGAAAAACAUUGGAAGACCGAGAUUCUGAGAUCUUCUGCGGCCUUGAGCGAGAUGGCCAGACCAGGCGGUGUUUGGAAUCCGCGGAGGUAUUCCUUUGUCAACUUUCUGCUGGUUCCCUUGGAUCGAGCUCAGUAUUCGGUGUCUUCCAUCGCUCGGAGAUCGUCAAUGGAUUCUAUGUCGAUAUCGCGCAAGUUCAAUAUCCAACAGGUCAUGAUCAAAAAGACGCACUACCCCCACAACCACGACGAACCCACCAACCCACCAGGCAGUGAGAUCGAAAGGCCGAAGACGCCGAUACGCGGCAUAUUGACUAUAGCUGCCCGACGAAUUGACAGAAUCCGAUUGGAGAAGACGAUCGCGAAUGUUUACACCCACGAUGUGCUACCCUUUCCAGGCAUGGCGCUAGGUCGAGGAGACUUGUUUCGUCGGGGAUCGCUCAUGCGGCGCCUCAGUUUCCACGGAGGUUUUAGUCGAAGGUCUACUUCCGGGAGUGCAUCUCACACUGGGCCGCUUGUGAUAGAUGGGAGUGCUGUCGCGGAGUAUGGAUGCGAGGAAAAAGAACUGAUGGGGGGGUCAAGAUGGAUGUGA